AUGUGUGAGUCCUGUGUGUCACAGGAAGCUCCCCACCCCCAACCAGUGACCAAAGUCCUGGUCAAAACUAGUGGGACGUUUUCCUCCACCCAGACCUCACUGCUCAUGUCCCCCUCGUCAACAGGAACACCCUUCGACAUGGCCCGGAUGCUGUUGCUCAUCUUCAUCAUGGUCCAUCCAGGAUCCUGUGCUCUCUGGGUGUCCCAGCCCCCUGAGAUCCGUACCCAGGAAGGCACCCCUGCCUUCCUGCCCUGUUCCUUCAAUGCCAGCCAAGGGAAAUUGGCCAUUGGUUCUGUCACGUGGUACCAGGACAAAGUGGCCCCAGGGAAGGAGGUGAGGAAUGAGACCGCAGAGUUCAGGGGCCGCCUGGCGCCUCUUGCCUCUUCCCGUUUCCUCUGUGACCACCAGGCUGAGCUGCACAUCUGGGACACCCGAGCCCGUGACGCCGGAGUCUACGUGUGCAGGGUGGAGGUGCUGGGCCUGGGUGUCGGAACAGGGAAUGGGACUCUGCUGGUGGUGGAGAAAGGACCUCCUCAGCUAGCUGCCGGCACAGUCUUCCUCCUUCGGGCUGGGUUCUAUGCCUUCAGCUUUCUCUCAGUGGCCAUGGGCAGCACCAUCUAUUACCAGGGCAAAUGCCACUGUCACAUGGGAACACACUGCCGCUCCUUGGAUGGCCUCUGA